AGAGAAACGACAGGUCCCUUGAACUACCCCAAAGAGAGAUGAAGCCUCUUCCCAAUUCCUAGAUCGACAGACGUAGAGAGGGAUUCGCAAUUUCUCAAAAUUCAAGCUUACCAAUUCCCCAAGGGAGAGACAGAAGUGUAAAGAGAGACUCCAUGGAUGCGACCAUAGGCUGGACAAUCGCAAUCGGCACUACCACCGCUGCCGUCGUUGCCUUGGCCAUUGCGGCCCGCCCUCGAGACCCCACGCUCUCUCUCCUCUCAAUUUCUCUAUCCUCUCUCCACGUUGGCUUCCCCACCACUCCCAUUCCUCCCAUCCCAGUCCUCGACCUUGAACUCACCCUCACUGUCUCCGUCACCAACCCCAACCUCGUCCCCGUCACGUAUUCACCUUCCACAAUGUCCAUAUAUUGUGAUGAUACCCUUCUAGGCCAAGCCAAAGUCGCGGCAGGCUCACAACCGGCUCGAUCAGUUCGAACCCUUCAGCUAUGGGCCCAGCUCGACGGGCUCAAGCUCACCCACCGCCUGGCUAGGCUCAUGCGGGACGUCAUUAGGAGAGAGAUGGAGCUAAAGGCAGUGGUUAGAAUUGAAGGCGAGGCUCAAUUGCUUAUAUGGAAGCACCCAUUUGUUAUCCAUGUGGACAGCAAUGUGGUGGUCGACCCUCUCUUUCUUGAGGUGCUUGAUCAGGAGACUAGGUCCAAGCUAGACCUUUCUCUCUCUACAAACAAGGAGGAGGACAAUAAGAAUGAGAAGUGAAAUGAUCUCUCUCUCUCUCUCUAUCGGCAAUUAGGAGAGGCUCACAAGGCUUUUGGGAGGGGUGAGAAGCAAUGUCAGAAUGGUGGAUAUUUGGGGUGUGUUACUUGAGGUAAUGGUGGAUAUUUGAGGUGUAUUACUUUAGGUGUCGGUUUGCUUUUUGGCUUGUUGUGCUUUAAAAUAAUAGUUUUUGGACUGUAUAAGCUUGUGGUUGUGAGGUCCGAAUGAUACUGUGUAAAUAAAUAGUAUUGUGAAUAAUAAUGUGCAAUGGAACAGUAAU